AGUCUAAAAGGAAACGUGUGCUGUUCUUGUUUUGUUUUGUUUUGUUUUAAUUUCAGAAGAAACAGGAAUCUGUUCUGGAGAAUGCCACAGCUCUUCACCGCUGGUUACAAAAUUUAGGAAAAUCAUUCUCCCUCUUUUCCUCACUCUCAGGGUUGUCUUAGAGCAGGGCCCCCCUGCGAGCCAGUGAUACGGAGGUGGGCCGUUAACGGUACUGCCCAGAGACAGAGCGACGUUACUCCAGUGGGCUCAGCCCUGCACAUGAGUGUUCAGACGGUUACAGAGGAAAUUUCACAGCAGACUUCCUUUCCACCUAAGCCUGAGUGGCAACCGUGGUUGUGCGCUCGGAGGUGGAGUUUGCAGAAUUUGCAUUCGGAGACGGUUGUGCCAACUGGUGGGUCACCCAGUGAAGCAACCGCCUUUGCAAGGUUGCUGCACAGAUGGAACUGGAAGGGCAGCCGUCUGCUGCCCGCGAGCACUUUCUCAAGCACUUUGAGUGGCUACGGCUUGCAAGCUGGUGGCUGGCCCCCUGAGUCCCGGGCUCUGAGGCACGGCCGUAGACUUAAGCGUUGGAUCCUGCUACCUGCAGACCCUCUGAGCUCUCACCCGCUACUUCUGCUGCUGCUUCUGCACAGAGCCCGGGCGAGGAUCCCUCCAGGAUGCAGGUCCCGAACAGCACCGGCCCGGACAACGCGACUCUACAGAUGCUGCGGAACCCGGCGAUCGCGGUGGCCCUGCCCGUGGUGUACUCGCUGGUGGCGGUGGUCAGCAUCCCGGGCAACCUCUUCUCUCUGUGGGUCCUGUGCCGGCGCAUCGGGCCCAAAUCCCCGUCGGUCAUCUUCAUGAUCAACCUGAGCGUCACGGACCUGAUGCUGGCCAGCGUGUUGCCUUUCCAAAUCUAUUACCAUUGCAACCGCAACCACUGGGUAUUCGGGGUGCUGCUUUGCAACGUGGUGACCGUGGCCUUUUACGCAAAUAUGUAUUCCAGCAUCCUCACCAUGACGUGUAUCAGCGUGGAGCGCUUCCUGGGGGUCCUGUACCCCCUCAGCUCCAAGCGCUGGCGGCGGCGUCGUUACGCGGUGGCCGCGUGUGCAGGGACCUGGCUGCUGCUCCUGACCGCCCUGUCCCCGCUGGCGCGCACCGAUCUCACCUACCCGGUGCACGCCCUGGGCAUCAUCACCUGCUUCGACGUGCUCAAGUGGACGAUGCUCCCCAGCAUGGCCAUGUGGGCCGUGUUCCUCUUCACCAUCUUCAUCCUCCUGUUCCUCAUCCCGUUCGUGAUCACCGUGGCUUGUUACACGGCCACCAUCCUCAAGCUGUUGCGCACGGAGGAGGCGCACGGCCGGGAGCAGCGGAGGCGCGCGGUGGGCCUGGCCGCGGUGGUCUUGCUGGCCUUUGUCACCUGCUUCGCCCCCAACAACUUCGUGCUGCUGGCGCACAUCGUGAGCCGCCUGUUCUACGGCAAAAGUUACUACCACGUGUACAAGCUCACGCUGUGUCUCAGCUGCCUCAACAACUGUCUGGACCCGUUUGUUUAUUACUUUGCUUCCCGGGAAUUCCAGCUGCGCCUGCGGGAAUAUUUGGGCUGCCGCCGGGUGCCCAGAGACCCCCUGGACACGCGCCGCGAGAGCCUCUUCUCCGCCAGGACCACGUCCCUGCGCUCCGAGGCCUGUGCGCACCCGGAGGGGCUGGAGGGAGCCCCCAGGCCCGGCCUCCAGAGGCAGGAGAGCUUGUUCUGAGUCCCGGGGGCGCAGCUUGGAGAGCCGGGGGCGCAGCUUGGAGAUCCAAGGGCGCAUGGAGAGGCCACGGUGCCAGAGGUUCAGGGAGAACAGCUGCAUUGCUCCCAGGCACUACAGAGGCCGGGUGGGGAAGGGUCUCCAGGCUUUAUUCCUCCCAGGCACUGCAGAGGCCGGGUGGGGAAGGGUCUCCAGGCUUCACUCAGGAUACACAAACAAGCAAAGCCCUGCAGUGCACAGGGUGCUUUGUUAUCCUGCAGAGAGUACCUCUGCCUCUCUGUGCCGCGGGACGGCUUGUGCCACCAUGCCCGGCUAAUUUUUGUAUUUUUUUAAAUAGAGCCGGGGUGUCACCCCCGAGCUCCUUAGACACUCCUUCUCACACCUGUCCAUACCCGAGCGUGGAUAUUCAACCAGCCCCACUGCCUCCCCGACUCGGUUUCUGGGUAUCCUCCCUGGGCGACCUGCGAGCCCCAUUCCCAGCUCUUCUCCUUGCUGAUAUCCUCCCUUAGCUGUGGUUCUGGCCUUCUCCGUUCUCCUCCAGGGGUUCUGGUCUCCGUAGCCUGGUGCACACCGAAAUUUCUGUUUAUUUCACUCAGCAGCACUGUGGGUUGCAGUGUUUGGAAUUCUUCUUUCAGAGGAGCACCUGGGACUCCUGCAAGUCAGCUACUCUCCGUCCCCACUUCCUCCCCACACACACACACACACAUACCCCACCCCCUCAACCCUGGAGCUGACCAAGGUGAUUUUUGGCACAGUUGUUCUGACCUGGCUUGGUGGGACCCCACCCCUAUUCUGCUUCUGUGUAUCCCUGAUAGAGAAGGAGGUCCCAUCAAGCCCCUGGAACACACUCAGGCCUCCCUGACUCAGGACAAGGACCACGGGAGGCACAGGUGUGGAAAGGAGGCUCCGUGAGAUGGGCCCCAGCCCAUCCCAGCUCAACGGUGCAGCUUGAUUCGGGAGUUCCACACCUCCUGCCCAUUCUCUGCGUCCUUUUCCCCCACGGAGAGCCUCAGCCAUGGCAAGUCCAUCCGGAGUCCGGGGAGCAGACAACUGGCCUGACCCAUGAGACCGUUUGGAGACCAAGCAGCAGAUGUAGGUGUGGACCCCAGGAACCUACAGUGGUGUCAGCCGCUGAGCCCCCUCCAUGCUGUGUGGGUGGUGAGCAGGCUGUGUCUUUGUCUUUCUUCUUCUGCAAGGGGUGUGCCUGCACCAGCCCCAAGACCUGAGCUGGUUUAGUGCAAAGAAGAGCUCUGACUCCCCAUGGGUGUGGGAACAUCACGUGGAGUUGGAUCCCAGGCUCUCUUGGGUGAGAAAGACCAUUCUGGAGGUGGGAAUGGGAGAGCUGCCUGUCUGCCCAGGGGCUCUGCGUCUCCAUAGUGGGUGGCCUUGGAUGCCCAGCCCCUCCCUUUCUGUGCACUGGGGACACUGAUGGAGGCUGAAGCUGCUGUUCAGAGGCCCUCUAUUAGUGCCUCUCUCCUGCUGUCAUCACUAUGGCAGGAAAACAGAGAUGGUUUAGUAAUGAAUUAUCAUUCCCAAAACCCGUGUCCACCUGGAACAUCACAAUGGGACCAUGUUUGAAAAUCGGGUCUUUACAAAUGUAAUUAAGUAAUGGGCCCAAUCCAGUGUCCCUAUGAGAGACGGAAGAGGAGACACAGACACAAAGGAGGAGGCCACAUAAAGACAGAGGCAGAGACUGCAGCGAUGCGGCCACAAGCCCAGGGAUGCCUGGAGUCCCCAGGAGCUGGGAGAGGCAGGAAGCAUCCUCCCCUAGAGUCUCUGGAGGGAACUGGAUAUAAUUGUAGUGGAUUGAAUAGUGGCCCCCAGAAACAUUUGUCCCUAUCUAAUGCUCAGAUUCUGUGAGUAAGACCUUAUUUGGAAAUAGGGUCUUUGCAGAUGCGAUUAAGUUAAGGACCUUGAGAUUGGAUCAUUCUGGAUUAAGGCGGGCCCUAAAUGCAAUGACAGGUGUCCUUCUAAGACACAGAAGAGGAGACACAGACACAGAGGAGGAGGCCACGUGGAGAUGGAGGCAGAGACUGGAGUGAUGCAGCCACAAGCCCAGGGACACCUGGAGCCCCCAGGAGCUGGGAGAGGCAGGAAGGAUCCUCCCCUAGAGCCUCCAGGGGGAACUGGAGGAUGCGUAAGAGACCCAGAACUUCCACAGAAGGAGGAAAAUUAACCUCCUACUUCUCUAGACUGUUCCAAAGCUGAACCCUAGAAAGCAAAGCUGAUACAGAAGCAUCCAGGACAGAAAGUCCUCAGUCAGCAACAGACCCCGCAGGAGCACAGGCCGCAAGUGCUGAGCGUGGGCCUUGGGUGUGUCUCAUGGGGGAAAAAAAAAACUGUGAAAAACCUCAGAGUAGCAACUUCACAGCAACAUACGGACGAUCCCUAAACUGCCUUGUAAACAAAAAUGAGAGCUGUGUCAGAGGAAGCCGAGACAAUAUCCUUCCUCGACAACGUGCGAGAACCCUGAUGUCCCCCAGCAAAUGAAGACGUUGCAAGCAGGCAAAAUGCAUCGAUUUUUUUUUCUCUCAGUAUGAUGAUUUUUGCAGCCACUUGGCUAUGGAGAGCAGCCGACACCCCCUCUUACAGCCGUGGAUGUUUCCUGGAAGCUGACUCAGUCUGUUCACUGGCUGAGCUUUGAGUGAAAAGAUAACACAGGUCUAUUGACUCACACACAUGUUUUAAGAUGGAAAACUUUACUUCUGUUCUUGGCAGGACGUGGAGAGAGGAAGGUAUUCCAAAAAGUCUCAGCCUCCAUCAAGGCGUGGCGUCUCAUGCCGGUAAUCCCAGCACUUUGGGAGGCCCAGGCGGGAGGACUGAUUGAGUCCGGGAGUUCAAGGGCCAACCUAGGCAACGCAGUGAGACCCUAUCUCUGUAAAAAAUAAAAAUAAAACAUAAA